GCAGAAAUUCCCGGAACUUCCGCUGAAAACGGAAGUAGGUACGUGGCCCCUUCAGACAGCUGACAUUCUGCAUGAUGGCGACAGAGGUUCAGAGUGGCGACCUCAGCAAUGGCAGUUCUAGCCGGCUUGAAGUCUCCAUCGACGGCCUCACCCUUAGCCCAGAUCCCGAGGGUGAGCAGGAGCAAGUUGUUGAACCGGACCCCGAACCUUCGAAGAAAGAAACGGAGGACCAUGUCACUGCGGAAGGCACGGAUGAUGGGGCGGAAGGAGAUUCUGCCAAAACCACAAUAGAGAAGAAAUGGGGCUUUGGUUUGCUAGAACUAUACGGACUCGCUUUAAAGUUCUUUAAAGAUAAGGAUGGAAAGGCCUUCCAUCCCACCUAUGAGGAGAAGCUUCGUUUAGUGGCUCUCCACAAGCAGGUGUUACUGGGGCCAUACAACCUUGAUGCCUCUCCUGAGGUGGGCUUCUUUGAUGUCCUUGGCAACGACCGCAGGAAAGAAUGGGCUUCUCUGGGCAACAUGGAAAAGGAGGAGGCCAUGGUGGAGUUUGUCAAGCUGUUGAACAAGUGCUGUAAUUUAUUUGCACCCUACGUCACCUCCCACCAAAUAGAGAAGGAGGAGCAGGAGAGAAAACGGAUGGAGGAGGAGGAACGACAGCGUCGUGAGGAUGAGGAGAGGGAGCGUCAAAGGCAGGAGGAGGAGAGACAGCGUCUUGAGGAGGAGGAGCGGCUGAAGAGGGAGGAGGAGGAGAGGAGGCACUUGGAGGAGGAAAGGUUACGGGUGGAGCAACAGAAACAACAAAUUAUGGCAGCGCUAAAUGCUCAGACAGCGGUCCAGUUCCAGCAGUACGCUGCCCAGCAGUACCCAGAAAGCCCUGAGCAGCAGUUGGGUCUCAUACGGCAGCUACAGGAACAGCACUACCAACAGUACAUGCAGCAGCUCUACCAGGUCCAGUUGGCACAACAGCAGGCAGCCUUACAGAAGCAGCAGGAGGAUGCGGUGGUCCAAUCCACUCUGGAGGCCACCAGUGAGCCUUUAGCAGCAGUGCUCCCUGCUGGAGAGGAUGUCACCCUGCUCAAUGGCCAGUCUGACUCCCACUCUGAGAGUAUGGACCGAGAACCAGAGCCCCUUGACCCUGCCGAGGAGGUCACAGAGAACGGGCCCAUAGGUGCACACAUGCUCCGGCCAGCCGACCUCCAGCCGGUCAUAGCGGCCCCCUCCAUGUGGACGCGGCCCCAGAUCAAGGACUUCAAGGAGAAGAUCCGGCAGGACGUGGACAGUGUGAUCACAGUGGGGCGUGGUGAGGUGGUGACGGUUCGUGUGCCCACCCAUGAGGAGGGCUCCUACCUCUUCUGGGAGUUCGCAACGGACCACUACGACAUUGGCUUUGGUGUCUUCUUCGAGUGGACGGACGCUGCCAACGCCUCUGUUAGCGUGCACGUCAGCGAGUCUAGUGAUGAAGACGAGGACGAGGAAGGCGAGCCCCCUAGCGAGGAGGAAAAGGCUAAGAAGGAGGCUGCGAAGCCCCAGGUGGACGAGAUAGUGCCGGUGUACCGGCGGGACUGUCACGAAGAGGUCUACGCCGGCAGCCACCAAUACCCUGGCCGCGGAGUUUACCUGCUCAAGUUUGACAACUCCUACUCCCUCUGGAGGUCCAAGAGUGUCUACUACAGAGUCUACUACACCAGAUAAACCUGGAAGAACUGCAGGAGGGCUGGAGGGAGUGGCGUGUGUGUGUGUCUGUGUGUGUGUGUGUGUGAGAGAGAGCAGCGCUGGGAGGAGGUUGUGAGAUGAUCUGUUCAGGACUAGAGCACCAGAGGGCGACAGAUGUGACGCGUUCUCAUUGGAGAUUUGACUUUCUAUCUGUGUGUUUUGUGACGUGCGUACACCUCGUCGGAGUGAAUGGAAUCCGAGGAGGGAGCUGACCGCGUAGUGUAUUACCCACCUGUCUCCUUUAUGCUCUUAGAGCUUUAAUGGCCCAUUUUUCCAGACCAAGUGUUAUCUAACACUGUGUUGCCCCCUUCGUGUCAUUUUAAUUGCUGUGCUUCAAUCCGAGCAAGAGACUUAACCCAAGUUUAAAUGUCACACAGGGCCUGUUAAGUCCGUAUGGGGGUGGGCUUUGGUCCGAUAAGGAAAUAAAUGGCAAACUGAGUCCAAGCCGAUCGAAACUCUACACUACAGCAACUUUCUUCUAUGUUGGGGCUCCCAUCAAUACUGAGUAGCACACUGAAACACACUCAACUGUACACAGUCACUCAAGUGGCAAUGCUUCUGUUGAAUGAGCAACACCCCAAAUCAACAGCGGCCCCUAUGUAGACACUUUCUGGAGAUAUGGUAAGAUUGUAUUAUAGGCAUGAAAUAAUACUGUGGAAUUUCCAUCCUGUCUGCGAAGGUUCAAGCUAUUAUCAUGUUGAUAAUACGAUACAACCCCUUUCACAUCUCCGCAAGUGCAUACAGGGAAGGGGCUUGGGGUCAAUUUGGGGUUGGGCUCUACUGAACAAAGGAUGAUAUAGAAGGGUCAUUAUUUGGGUUAUGGGGGCAGGGCGAGGAAAAUGGCAUGUACAUUAGAAAGUAUGGUGUAGGCCUUGUUGGGCAUCUGGGAAUGGAAUGCCGGAAAAAACGAGAUUGUCUACACAGCAUUUAAAAAAUAUUUAUUGUACACCCUUUUCUGUAGAGUAGCAUCAUAUUUGUGUCUGUGUAAUAUGCUGGUGUGUUUAAUCUCCAAACAGUGACCUCCCUGCUUCAGAAGUCUUUUAGAUGAUUUCUUUUCUCAUCUCCUUUGCUUCAUGGGCACUGACCACAAUGAAUUUGAGGUGAAAACAAUAAGGAUUGAAGCAUCCAUUGUUCUUUCUCAGUGGCUGUGAGGAAAAGGGGAACAGGAAAGCAAGCCAUGAAGGAGUAUCAGGACAACCCCUUUGUCUUUUCUGUACAUAUUCCUUUUUUGACCACUCUGUUGAGUUUGUCACUGGACUGGAGAUGCUAAUUUUGAUUUAUCUCUGGCUUUGCCUGAUGCGUACGUGACGGCUAACAACUCAUGAUUAUUUCUGCCUUCGUUUUUUGUCAUGUUACUGUUGCAUCUAGCAUUUUAUCUUUCUGAAAUGCACGGACAAAGACACAAUCUUUGCUGUAUUCAUUUGUUUGUCUUAAUUGAUGGAUUUAUUCAGAUUUGUCAUCUAAAAUAUGGCAUUCAACUAUCUCAAAUAAACAGAUGAUACUGUUUAGCGCUGUAGUCGUUAAUGUCUAUGAGAAUAAUCGGUUACCAAGCUCUGAAGGUGUAUUUAAGCUCUUAUCUCAUAGUUGUUUGUUUUGUUGCAAUUUUUUGUUUACUAUUUGCCUACAUUGCAUCUACUUGCUCUAUUUCAAUCAAAGUCAGAUGGCCACUUAGGUUUGUUGAUGAGGAUUUAUUUGAAUUGGGUUCCUAUUAUUAAAUACUGUUUUUCAGUCGAUCAUACUAUUGUUUUUCUUUUUACUUUACAAAUCUCUUCAGUUCAGUGUCAGACAUAACACUGAUUCACCAUACCAAGAAUUUUCAGUUACGAUCAUCAUAUGGGGUCAGGAAUGAUGGGCUUUUUUCUGUUCUGAAUAACCACUCUCUUUCCUCGGUCUUUGUGACUUGCUUGGGAAAGUGGGUCAAGUGAUAGGAAUGGAAUGUGACCUUGUUUAAGUCUCAAAAUUAAAACAAUGUAUGUAUUAUACUGUAAGGCACUAUUUAUGGUAAAGCUAAUUCCAGUAGCCACAAUGUUCAAGAUAUAUGCAUUAUCAAGCUCUUGAUGUUCUGUUCAUUUUUAUGAACUACUUUUUUGUGCUCACCAACUGGUUGCUGAGUGAUACACUAUGCUAUGAGUCUGGAAUAAAUAUAUAAAUGGUUUUAAGUUUGGGUUGUACAUUCAGGGAGGUGAGGCUGAGAAUUCAUGCAUUGUAAAGUCUGGUAAUUGAGAUGUACAUGUCUCCAACUUAAAUGUAUACAGAUGGACUUCAAUGGAGGAAAGUUUUGUUUUUUUCUAUUGCUUUUUGACCUGGGUUUAAAGGAGAAUCUGGGCAUAUAUUUCAUCUUGAUUAAACAUGUGUUCAUCUCUUA